AUGGCGCCUCCUUACAAUGUCCUCAUCACCGGUUCCACCAAAGGUAUAGGAUACGCGCUGGCAAGGAAGUUCCUCAAGGCUGGUGAUAAUGUUGUAAUAUGCUCAAGAUCAGCUGAAAGGGUAGAAUCUGUAACAAAUGACUUGAAAAAAGAAUUUGGAGAGCAACAUGUGUUGGUACCUACUGCUGACCUACUUGGUCCCUAUAUUUUCAUUCAAGGGACUGUCUGUGAUGUUAGAGAAGGAAAGGAUGUGAAGGCGCUUGUGGAUUUUGCGCGUGACAAGCUGGAGUAUAUUGAUAUUUGGAUCAACAAUGCCGGAUCAAAUGCAUAUAGUUACAAACCUUUGGUGGAAACCUCUGAUGAGGCUCUAAUUGAGGUGAUCACCACUAACACUCUUGGAUUGAUGCUAUGUUGUCGCGAGGCAAUAAAUAUGAUGUGGAACCAACCUCGAGGUGGUCACAUAUUUAACAUUGAUGGUGCUGGCUCUGAUGGAAGGCCAACCCCAAGGUUUGCCGCUUAUGGUGCAACGAAGAGAAGUGUGGUGCACCUUACAAAGUCUCUACAGCCUGGCAUGGUUACGACUGAUCUUCUUAUGUCUGGUGCUACCACAAAGCAAGCAAAGUUUUUCAUCAAUAUAUUAGCUGAAACUCCUGAUGUGGUUGCGGAUUACCUUGUUCCAAACAUCAGAGAAAUCCCUACCAAGCAAUCCAUGAAGCCGACUUACAUUCGCUUUCUCACAGGCUUGAAAGCCUACUCCAGAAUAUUUUCAAGAAUUGCUUUUGGUGCUCGUAGGAACAAAAUGAUGUCCAACGGCAAGCCGACAGAAAACAGUGAUUCUUCUUACAUGUCAGGCAUACUGGCCAGCUGCCUACUCAGGGCAAUGCAGCCGACAAGGAGUUUACUUCGCUGGACCGACGAUCUCCAUAAGAUCUUCGUGGAAGCUGUAGAGUAUCAAGGAGGCCCCUAUGAGGCGAAGCCAACUGCGGUGAAGCAGAGAAUGGAAGCUAUGGGAGUCACAGGCCUGACAAUCUGGAACAUAAAAAGCCACUUCCAAGUACCUCCUGCCCUCUUGCAGCUCUUCAUCAGUUAA